GCGCUGCCCGUGGGCCGGCGGGGCCCGGGCAUGGAGGCGGCGGGCGGCGGGCCCAGGUGAGGAAGCUUCUCCGGGGGCAGGAAGGUGCUGUGUCUUUGGAGGAAAGGGCUGACCUCAACACCUGCUUCUGGCUGCAGUAUUUUGUCUUUUGCCACACUGACAGCACAGGGAUGUGUGCCACCAAAAGGCUGCACGGCAGGAAGUUGUUGCUCCACUUUGCACCUGCAGAGUUUCAAGGAAAAGCUCUUGACUCUCCGUGUCGCUCCCCCGGCCCCCUCCCCGCUGGGAAAGACGAGAUGGGACCAGAGAGCACCUGAGCCCAGGUGCUGAGGGGCCUGUGCCCCCUGCUCCGUGCCAAGAGACGUCCCAGCGACAGCGGCCCCGCAGCCUCCAGGAGCCUGGGCUCAGCUUCUCCAGCUCGGCAUCCUUGUCUGUUCAGGGAGCUGCACUACCGCCAUCAGCGCGUCAGGGAGGGGAAACCCUUCCCGAGGGACAGCCAGGCAGCAGGGUGGCCUGCCCACGCCGAGCUCCUGUCCCCCCAGGCGUGGUGUGGCAGGGAUGAGGAGCCGGCAGCGGAUGUUUGCCGCGGUGAUGCGCCUGCUCCUCAAGUGCCUGCGGCUGGGGCGGCGGCGGCGCUUCAAGCUGGUGCGGCAGGUGGAGCAGCUGUGGCACUACGGGCACCUCUGCCUGCGCUCCCUGCUCUACAACUCCUUCACCAACGGCGAUGUGGUGCUCGACUCUCUCUUCGAGCCAGUCUACUGGCUGGUGGAUCAUGUCACCCGAUGGUUUGGUGUGGUGUUUGUGGCACUGGUGAUUGGGCUGACGAGCUCUAUUGUGGCCAUCGUGUACAUCUGCCUGCUGCCCCUCAUCCUGCAGACCUACACACCUGCCUGGAUAUGCUGGCACCUCGCCUAUGGACACUGGAACCUCAUCAUGAUUGUCUUCCACUACUACAUGGCUAUCACCACUUCACCUGGGCACCCACCACAGGCCAAGAACGACCUCACUGGUGUGUCCAUCUGCAGGAAAUGCAUUGCCCCUAAGCCAGCUCGUACCCAUCACUGCAGCAUCUGCAACAGGUGUGUGCUGAAGAUGGACCACCACUGCCCCUGGCUAAACAACUGUGUGGGACACUACAACCACCGCUACUUCUUCUCUUUCUGCUUGUUCAUGACCAUGGGCUGCAUUUACUGCAGCAUCAGCGGCUGGGACAUGUUCCGGGAUGCCUACGCAGCCAUUGAGAGAAUGAAACUGCUUGAGAAGGAGAGACUGCAGGUGGCUGCCAACCAGACAUACUACCAGACCCCACCACCCACCUUCUCCUUCCGCCAGAGAGCUUUCCACAAGAGCGUGGUCUACCUCUGGGUCCUGUGCAGCUCGGUUGCACUGGCCCUGGGUGCCCUGACGGUGUGGCACGCUGCCCUCAUUACUCGUGGGGAAACGAGCAUCGAACGGCACAUCAACAGAAAGGAGAGGCAGAGACUGCAGAAGAAAGGCAAGGUGAGCGUAGCCCACGGCACGGGGGCUGGCUGGGGCAGAGCCAGACGUGAUGUGCCUCUCCCUGUCCUGCAGGUCUUCAGGAACCCCUACAGUUACGGCAGCUGGGAUAACUGGAAGGUGUUCCUGGGUGUGGAUGUGCCAAGGCACUGGCUCACCCGUGUCCUGCUGCCCUCUCCUCACCUGCCCCACGGGACAGGCCUGAGCUGGGACCUGCCUCCCUGCGUGACGGAGCAACGCGCGCCACUCCUGGCAAUCUGAGGCCCUGUGCUCUGGACGUCCCUUCCCACAGGCAGGGGGGCGCGUGGGGAACCCACUCCACCACUGCAGCUUCCUCUGGCCAAAGUGCCUGGCAGAAGACUGGCACAUAUCACUGACUGGAGCCAGAGCCAUGGGAAACUCUAUGGACAGUGUUGGUGCCUGGACACCUGCUCUCUUGGCUCCUGGUGGCUGCAGGCAGCCCAGGGGUGAGGUGGCAGAGCUGCUGCUCCCUGCUCCAGCUGGACGGUGCUGCCCUCAUUAGCACAGGUACGGGCCAGCGUUGGCCCAGCUCAGCUCUCUGAAGAGAGAGGAUGGCACCCUCAAGUGCUCCCCGGGGAGUCUUUUUAAGACCAUCUACUAAAUACUGUUUUUUUUUAAGGGAGUCUGUUUUUGUUAUCUUGUGGGGGAC